AUGGAUGUCGUCGGCAGCGAAAUUGGCCAGAAAAUGCGGUCGGCCAUCAAGGCAAAACUAACAGAAUUGGGAUGUUAUGUCGAUGAUGAGCUCCCUGAUUAUGUGAUGGUAAUGGUAGCUAAUAAACGCACCCGUUCUCAAAUGGAGGAUGAUCUUCAACUGUUUCUUGGGGACAACACAGAACUGUUUGUGAAUUGGCUGCAUCAGGUGUUGAAGAAAUUGCAGGAAGUCACUGUAGCUACACCAGCUCUCAAAAUAGCAGAACAUGACAAAAGCAAGGAAAGAUCUGCCUCUAAAGAUCGAAAAACAAAGGAAAAGAAGUCAAAAGAAAAGCAUAAGAAGAGUGAUAUGAAGAAGGCCAAAAAGAGAGAGAAAGAAAAGUUGUUCCGCAAAAAUGAGGACAAAAAAGUCCAUAAGACAAAGAAAAAAAGUAAACAUCAUGAAAUGAUAAGGCCAAAUAUUCCUCCGUUACUUAUGAAUAUGGAGAAGGUAUCAGAGCCUUCGAUUACUGAUGUAUUUGCUGGUCAAAUUCUGAAGAACCACGGCAUAAACUUAGAUACUUCUAAAGAAGAGUCCAAGCCUGAAGAAAAACCCAUAAUCCAGGAAGUCAAAAGGCCUAUUCUGCCUAUUAUAGAUCCAUCAACUAUAUCAUCUCAACCUGAACUGGGGACAAACCAAACUAUAGAUAGUGUAAGUAAUGAACUAUCUUCACCUAAGGGAGAACAAAUAAAGGAAAUAAACCAAAUUGAAGCUAAAAUUCAGGGAUUAAAGCAGAAAUUGGCAGAACAGUUAGAUUCUAUGUCUGAUGACGAAGACUUUCUAAAUAUUAGAACUGAAGCUGAGGAAUUGAUGAAUGAUUUUGCGGAAGAUGUAUUGCAGGAGAUAUCUCAACAAACACCUGUAAUAAAGACUCCGCCUAUGGAAACUCAUAUAUCCCCCACGCCUCCCCUUCCUGUUUCUAAACAUACAGAAGUUACUACAGAAUCAUCCACAGAUCCCAUAAACACUUUACCACAAAUUGAGUUAAAGUUACCCAAAAGGCCUGUUAGAGAGAGAUUAGGAGUCCGAGAAGAGUCCAAAAUGAACCCUGAAGCGAAGAAAAAGGAAAGGACUGAGAGUCCAGAAAGAUUUACACCAGAACGUGAGCCAGAACAACGCUCCCAAAAGUCAGUAAAGAGUCGGUUAGGAGAUUUGCCAGAAACAACCAAAAGAAGUCCUUUGGCUGAUGAUGGCAAUUUUGAUAAGUCAGCAGAAUCCACUAAUAAGAAGCUCACGUCCAAGGUAUCCGUGUUGGACGGGCGCCCGAGCCGGUCGAUGUGUGCGAGCGUGGUGCGCGUGCGGCCGCGGCCGCGAGUGGGCGCGCCCGCCUCCAGCCUACUGCUGCGCGCCGUCGCAGACGCGCACAAGAGCUUGUUGAAUACGCCCAGUACAAAAGCGGAUAAAGACACGCAAGUGAAGCGCGCUCUUGUGUUGCCGAUGCGACGAUCAGUCGAAGCUCAAAAAAUCGUCAUCCAAGUAGCUGCUGACAACACGCAAGAGACUGGUGACAGCAUUAGUCUUGGGGGAGAUAUGGACAGUGAUGAUGAUAAAAGUGAAAAAUUGGCGUGUGAAAUAAAUAAGGAGGAGGAAUACAAGCCAAUAAUUCUGCCUAAGAAGGUCAUUAACAAUGAGUAUGCACCACCAGUGUCGCGUAACGAGGCUAGGACGACCAGUCGGAAGGAUGACACACUUAUUAUUGAAACUAUAAAUAUCCAUAACACCUCAGACUCCAAGGACAAAAACACUCAAUUCAUAGUCACUAUGGAUGGCUACCAUCCAAAUGCCUUUCUAGCUAAGAAACUACAGACUGAGGGCCUCUUAAAUGAUGAAGAUGAAAUUAGCAAGACUGGUAAUGAAAAAAUAAUCCCACCUGAAACUAAAGAGCAGAAACCUAAGGAGAAAGAACCUGUUAAAGUCGUAGAGAAAGUUCCAGACGAUCAGGCGAAACGCUUAAGUAAUACAAGCGAAGAGAGUGAAACAAAAGUUAUUAUUAAACAGGAAGAUGAGAAAAAAGAGAAGAGAAAAGGUGUUGAAGUGUUAGAUCCGCCGGUCGUGAAGAAGAGAAAGAGAUCACCGAUAGUAUUCGAUGUUGAUAAGAAAGUCAAAGAGACAGAAAGAGUUAGAGAAAGAACAGAAAGUACGAGCAGUGAUAGUCACGUGACGGUUAACACAGUCACAAAUACCCACAAAUAUGAUUCUGUACCAUCUUUGUCAGCGGCGGAGCGCAAGCUGGUGUGGUGUCGUCUGUUCCCGGCGUGCCGCUACGGCUCGGCCUGCGCCUUCGCGCACCCGCGCUGCAAGUUCCUCGCCGCCUGCACGCGCCGCAACUGCGUGUACUCCCACUCGCCCUCCGCCCCCGUCCUGCCGCCCUCCUCGCCCCACUCGACCCUCGCGCCCCUCGCACCACACGCUGUGCACCCCAUGGCGACCAGCGUGCCCAUUAUCGCGUCUCACGUAGUCCCAGCAGCGAACUACAAGUCAAUAUCAGCGGUGGUACCAAACAUGUGCAAGUUCUACCCGAACUGCGUGAAUCCAGCGUGUCACUUCUAUCACCCGAAGCCGUGUCGUUACGGCAAUAAUUGCGCUAACAAACUAGAAUGUAACUUUUAUCAUGCAGAUGUACCACCGAAGUGGAGAUACACUGUUUAA